UGACACUUACGUAAUAAACAUAGUAAAUCGAGAAACGUUUCGCCGGUAUAAUCAGUAAUAACGUUGCCAAAUUAACAUGAACAAUAAGAUAUGGCAUGCUGCGAAUCGGGUGUGGUGUGGAGAAUUUGCGCGGAACAUUUCGCUUUACGCGUCGGAUUAUAACAUUAGCACCGCCUUGAAAGUACCACCGAAGCUCGAAGAAUUCCGCACAAUUCAGCCAGUGGUCAAACACAGACGUGAGACCUGCGGUCGAUUUUACACAAUACCGGCCACUGACAAAAAGCAACUUUUCAACCAUGGAGGGCUGCCGAAAAACUACGAGAAGCUAGCCAAAACCUGGAAUGAGUUUUGCCUCAUGGUGCGACCUCCGGCGGUGGAAAUCAUGGAGUACAUCGAACAGACCAAUUUUAACCGUGGAAUUAACCGGUUCGUGUUAUACGGCGAAGACGGUGCAGGAAAAUCACUCACUUUGGCGCAUCUGAUGCACUACGGCUACCAGCAGGAAUACAUGUUGUUGCACGUGCCAUGGGUGCCCAACUGGAUGAAGCGUGCGAAGGAAACUGCCAAUUCAACCACGAACGAGGGCACUCUGGAUUUGCCAUUGGACGGUGCCGCCUGGUUGACUCACUUUAAAAACCAAAACACACCACUACUGGCCAAGCUCGGUCUCACCGUGAGCCGUGACUACGUUUGGUCAAAGCGCGAAACGACACCGGCCGGUGCGCCCUUAAUGGCUCUGAUCGAGCACGGUAUUAGCCGGGCAAAGUUUUCCUGCGACGCCAUUGCGGCCUUGCUGCAGGAGCUGAAACAGCACUCGUGCGCUGGCCGCACCCGGACGAUGGUCCUGAUCGAUGGCUUUAAUGCGUUUUUCCACCCUCACACGCGUAUAUUGACCGAGAAUAAGAUGCGCAUCUCGCCGGAUAGGAUCAGCCUGACCAAGGCGUUCCUUGACAUCACCCGUAACGACUGGACGAAUGGCGUAUGUGUGCUGACGGUGGACAGGUUAGCGGUAACCGAAGAUCGCAUGGCCUCCUGUCUGCCGAUGUAUUUGCUUUACCGUGAGGGUUUCGAGCACCUUGAUCCGUUUAUACCGGUGCGCGUCAACAACUACGAUGAGGCGGAAUUUCACAGCUGCAUCCAGUACUACCUUGACCGGAAAUGGAUCCAGACAACCAUGCCGGGCUUUGAGGAGGAGCUGAAGAUGCUGAGCUGCCGAAACCCAUACCAAUUGAUGCAGCUGAGCGCAUCGCUGUAGGAGGUCGCGAGAGAGCAUUACUACAAUAGCUACAAUAGUCUCCUUUCUGUAACAUUACAAAUCAAUGAUUAAAGGCUUACUCUUCGAUUGUUUGUGACAUUUAGGGUUCCGCACCCUAACAUGUUU